AGCCACUAGAACAAAGCUCCCUGAUGACUGAGACCUGUCAGUCUGGUUCACUGACAUAACCCUAGGACCCAUUGCAGCUUCUGAUACAAAGAAUGGGCGGUGCAGAGCCUUUGCGCCGGUAAAGAGCCUUAGGGGGCGGGGCCAAGCUGUUUCCAAGGUGACGGAAUGGCGGCCUCUGUGGUGGAUUGAGCGGGUCUGGGCGAGUUCCCAGAGGGCUGCGCGUCCUGGUAGCUCGGCGCUGUCAUGGCGGGCUUGCUGAAGAAGACCACUGGCCUUGUGGGAUUGGCUGUAUGUGAGAGUCCACACGAGAGGCUAAAAAUACUGUAUACAAAGAUUCUUGAUGUUCUUGGACAAAUCCCUAAAAAUGCAGCAUAUAGAAAGUAUACAGAACAGAUUACAAAUGAGAGGCUGAGUAUGGUUAAAGCGGAACCAAAUGUUAAAAAAUUAGAAGAGCAACUUCAGGGAGGCCAAAUAGAAGAGGUGAUUCUUCAGGCUGAAAAUGAACUAAGUCUGGCAAGAAAAAUGGUGCAAUGGAGACCAUGGGAGCCUUUAGUGGAAGAGCCUCUUGCCAACCAGUGGAAAUGGCCAAUAUAAACAUCAUUAAAUGACUUGUGUGUUUAUGGGAAACUGAUGUAAUUAAAUAUUCUGUUCUAUUAAAAAUAUUUCCAUAUUAUUGACAUCUUAUAGUCAAGAAAACUGAUACAGAACAUAUAUAGGAAACUUGAUAAAAUCAUUGAUUAUGUAAUAGGGACUUGUGAAUCGGUUUUUGAUUUGUAGAGCAUUCAUUCAAAUUAUUUCAAAAAUAUUUUUUAAAACAGAAAUGUUGUGGGAAGAUUUGAAAGUUAAUUGGAAAAAUUCCUAUAGAUCUCCAAUGCAGGGGCCAUAUUCAAAAGGUGAAGUAUUUUUAGUAGUAUCUUCAACACAUCAUUUAACUUUUUUUAUUCUGAAAAAACAUAAAAGGUACCUAAUUAUUAUUAUUGUUUAAACAAAUUUAUAGGUCACUGUUUGAAGUGAAGUAGUAAGAAAAAUACCUAUCAAAUUAGAAUUCAUUGUACACUUGAGAAAAUUGAUUUGGUAUUUGAAAGAAAAAUUUUUCUUUAUAGUGGUAGUUGGAAAAACUUUUCCUUUUGUCUCAUUUUUAAGGAAGUUAGCUUUCUGGCCCUUUGCCUUUAGUUUUCUUGAUCAACUGAAGUACAGUAGGAUAGAGAUAGAAUUUCUGUAAAAGAAGAGACACUAAGAGUUCUUAAAGUUUAUCUGACUUACAGAUAGGCUUAUAUUCAAAACAUCUUAGUUGUAUGGUUAUAACUUCAAAGUGGAAUCAUUACGUAGUUUUCACUAAUUUCCAAUAUGAGUGCAGCUGGGUAUCAGACAAGAUAAAUGCUGUUCAAAGAAAAAAGUAGUUUGGUAAGUUUAAGGUUAAACAAAAAUAAAAUUACUUUUCAUAUGUCCUCA